AUGGUGUUCUUUACCUGUAACGGGUGUGGAGAGUCUCUGAAGAGAGCUCAGAUCCAGAAACAUGUGGGGAUGUGCAGAGGAGCUCGGGUGUUCUCCUGCAUCGACUGUGGAACAGAUUUCCAGGGUGAUGACUAUAAGAGCCACAUGAAGUGUAUCAGUGAGGAUCAGAAAUAUGGUGGAAAGAACUAUGAAGCUAAAGCUAAUAAAGGAGACGUUAAACAGCAGCAGUGGAUCCAGAGUAUCCAGGAGAUGCUCAGUAAACCAGGUGUUAAUGGCAGGUUGAGGUCGGUGCUGCAGCAGGUCGCCUCCUACGAUAACGUUCCCCGCAAAAAAGCCAAAUUUCAGAACUGGAUGAAGAACAGUCUGAGGAUUUAUGACGCCAACCUGCAGGACCAAGUGUGGGAUAUUUUCUCAUCAACUGACACCAAUGUUCAUGUGCAGCAGACUAACAGAGUGGAAACCGCUAAUAAUCCCCAGCAGACUGAAGCUCCAGCGGAGCAGAACGAGCUCCAGAAACCUGAGCAGGUAAAAAAGAACAAGAGAGAAAGAAAAGAGGAGCGACAGCAGAAGAAGAAAAAGAAAAGAACAGAGAACGGUGGCGUGGAGAACCAGCAGGAUGGAGAGAACGGUGUCGAGGAACGACAGAGAAAGAAGAAAAAGAGGAAUAGAGAAGAGGAGGAGUGUGAGGAGGAAGAGAACGUGGAGGAAACCACAACGAGAAUCAAGAAGAAGAAAAAGAAUCAGGAGAAAUCUGAAGUAGAGAGUCAGAACACUGAGGAUGAUGAACAGGAAGUGAAUGAGGAGUCCAGCAGUAAAGAAAAGUUUAAUUGGAAGGGGACGAUAAAGGCGGUUUUACGUCAGGCACCUGAAGAAGGAAUCUCAGUAAAGAAGCUCCGCAAGAAGGUAUUAUCAGCGUAUUGUGCUUACAGUGGAGAGAGGAAUUAUAAAUCGGAGGAGGAACUCUACACUCUCUUCAACAAGAAACUCAAGAACCCCAAAUUCAGGAUGGUAAAGGACAAAGUCAAACUCAUUAAAUAAUCCAGAUAUUGGAUUUCUGCUGGACGUUUCAUCUACAUGAGGAACGGUUCUUCUACUACAACGACUGGAUGAUACAGGAGAGAUAAUCACCUCAUCAUAUUCAGUUCUGCUGAACCAGAGGAGCAUCAGGGAGCUGAGAUAUGAACAUGAUGCUUUUCUAUCCAGUAAAGAUGCUACAGAUGCUCACAGUACAGAAAGUGUUCACAGAUGAAUGACAAAACAUCAUGCCAUCAUCUUUAUUAUGUUCUGCAUGUUAAUGUUCUGUUUUCUUCCUCUUUUCUUAUAAUAAAUGUUCUUAAUGAACAAACA